GCCCAGGGCUCAGAAGAAGAAGGAGCUGAACCUCUCUCUGCAUCCUCCCCAAGUCCUGUUUUCUGUCCCAUUUCUCUGGGUGACUACCCCCAAACCAAACAGCAGCCAUGGACGCCAUCAAGAAGAAGAUGCAGAUGCUCAAGCUGGACAAGGAGAAUGCCUUGGACAGAGCAGAACAGGCUGAAGCCGACAAGAAGGGAGCAGAGGACAAGAGCAAACAGUUAGAGGAAGAGAUUACCCAAUUCGAAAAGCAGCUGCGGGAGACAGAGGACUUGAGAGAUAAGAUUUUGGAUGACCUUCAUCUGGCUGAAGAGAGCCUCCUAGGUGCAGAAGAGAAGGCGGCUAAGCUGGAGGAUGAACUUGUAGCACUGCAGAAGAAACUAAAAGGUACUGAAGAUGAGUUGGACAAAUAUUCUGAAGCCCUGAAGGAUGCCCAAGAGAAGUUGGAACUUGCUGAGAAGAAGGCCACUGACGCUGAAGGAGAUGUAGCCUCACUGAACAGGCGCAUCCAGCUGGUAGAGGAGGAGUUGGAUCGUGCUCAGGAGCGUUUGGCCACAGCCCUUCAGAAACUGGAGGAGGCUGAGAAGGCUGCAGAUGAGAGUGAGAGAGGCAUGAAGGUCAUUGAAAACAGAGCCCUGAAGGAUGAAGAGAAGAUGGAGCUGCAGGAGAUCCAACUGAAGGAAGCCAAGCACAUUGCUGAGGAGGCUGACCGCAAAUAUGAAGAGGUUGCCCGUAAGUUGGUGAUCAUUGAGGGUGACCUGGAACGUGCAGAGGAACGUGCUGAACUGUCAGAGAGCAAAUGUGCCGAGCUUGAGGAGGAGUUGAAAACUGUCACCAACAACCUGAAAUCUCUGGAGGCCCAGGCAGAAAAGUACUCCCAGAAAGAGGACAAAUAUGAGGAGGAAAUCAAGGUUCUUACAGACAAACUGAAGGAGGCUGAGACACGUGCUGAGUUUGCAGAGAGGACAGUAGCCAAGUUGGAAAAGACCAUUGAUGACUUAGAAGAAAAAGUUGCACAUGCAAAAGAAGAUAACUUAAAUAUGCAUCAGAUGUUGGACCAAACACUUCAGGAGCUGAACAACUUGUAAAACGGUCUGCUGGCGUUUAGCUGUGACACCUGGUUUUCUGAAGACACUGCUUGUCAAGGCGUCCCUAGAAUUGCAGUUUUUGAAGGAAAAACAGCAGGGUGGGAUUGGAAAAGAUAUAUAUAUAUUUUUUUUUCUUUAUUCCCCACCCUUUCCCUUUUACAAAUGGUUAAGGACUUAACACAUUAAUUACAAAUGGUUAAGGACAUGCUCACAUAUUAAACUGGGAAGGGAUGGAUUAGAAUGCAGUUAGCCAUCGUGCCAAGUAUGAGUGGCCUUUUACUGGCUAAAUUUUGUUUUUGUCUGUAUUUUAUUUUUAUUUUUUUUUUAUUUUUAAUGGUUUGCUUUGGUAUCUGCCUACAUUUUUUUUUUUUUUUCCUGCUAACAAAAUCCUCACCUAUCCAAAAUCUGGUCCAAAAUGAUGUACCUCUAUUGAAAGCAUAGUCAUGCCAGGAGACUGAAGUAAAAAUAAAGCCAUCGUGGGGCAUUGGCUACUGUUUACACUAAAGAAUAAGGAGCGCAUUUAAAAUUAUGUGGGCCAGUUCAUAAACAUCAGUUUCUCUGUAACGGUUAUUUUCUGUGAACAUGUAAGGUACAUUAUUGUUUUAAGGUCAAAAGGACAAACCCAAAGCUAAUAAAUCUCAAUCAUAUCACGAAAUAAGCAGUAUGGCUCAUUCCCAAUAUUUACUGUAUGAGUUAUUUGAAAUAACAUACUGUCUGUUCUGAUGUACAAUGAUUGAUUUUGUUUAUAGAUUUAAGAUUAUUUAAAUUGUAUCUAAUUUAAAAUCUGACAUAUUAGAAGCUGCCCAUUUAGACUUAUUGUCUUCCAUUAUAACCGCCAUGAGAAUUAUCUUACAUCAGAUCUGUUCAUUUUUGUGAUCUAACUGCAUUCCUCCUCCCCUAUUUUUUUUUUUUUUUUUUUUUUUUAGCUGAAUGCAGAUGUUGUAACCAUUCCAAAAUAAUUUCAAAUUGGGAGAGAUUAACUAUUCAUGCGGACAUAAUCUUUGCAAUGCCUCACUUCUAUUUUUUUAUUUUUAUUUUUUUUUU